AAGCGAAGUCUGUAGACAACUUAAAAGGCGUUAACAAAGGUUUGGAAAACAAGAUUAUACAGCUACAACAACAACAACUGAACUCCAAGAUAUUUCCCUUGUCUAUAAAUAGAAAAUGGAAAGCAGUAGUAUUGUUCAGAACCAAAAAGCCGAAAUCAAAGCUUUGGAGGAAGAGAAACAGAAACUGCUUGUUGCAAGCUCAGAAGGGGUCAAGGCUAACAAAGUUACUGAACUUGAGGAGGAAUUGAGAAGGCUCCGUAUAGAGCUAGAACAUAAGAUAGGAGAAAACCAUGGCCUCAUCUCAGAGAAAGACUUGCAGCAGCAGAAAUACGAUCAGGAUGUUGGUGAGCUGCGGUUAGAGAACACUGAUAUUAAAUCAGAGUUAGAUGCAGCCAACAAAAAAGUGAAAGAACAGAUGGAAGCCAUGUUUAAUACUAAAGAUGGUGAGGAAUGGGAGAAACAGAGGAAGCUGCUUGUCCAAGAGAUGGAGUCAGAGAGACAGCACCACCAAAGGCUGGUGAAGGAACAGAAUAGGCUCUUACAGGGAUUUGAAAAUAUGCAAGGGAAAAUGCAGAUGUUACAAAGUCCUACCAAGGGCCACAAGCGUACACCAUCAGACAUCAGCAUGCUGAGCCUGGAGUCAGUGACACCUGAAGAACAGAAGGAGGAAGAAGACAAAGAUAGGGAUUCGCUGUCCCUCACCAGUGAAGUCAAGAUCGAUGCUACUAUGCAGCAUAAAAUCACCAGACUCACCUCAGAAAACCUUCACCUGAGCGAGCGGGUGAACCAGCAAGCUGAGCAGAUCAGAAAGCUGAAGCAAAUGUUGAAGACGUACGCCAAGAGGUUGAAAGAGGGAGAAGCUGAUGAAAUUCAAGCAGAGUUAGAGAGAGAAGAGACGAAGAGCGUGGUAAAUGUGGCCCAUUUGAAACAUUGGGAAAGGAACUACAUGGGCAUGCUGGAAUACAAGAAAGAGAACGAAACUGCGCUGUUGGAAGCUCUAAUACUAGAGCUAAAACCAAAGGUGGCUGCUGGCCUGUUACCUGGGUUACCAGCCUAUGUCCUGUUCAUGUGCGUUCGUCAUACAGACUAUGUGAACGAUGAGGAGAAAGUUAGAUCAUUCCUUACCAGCACCAUCAAUGGAAUCAAGAAGGUUGUCAUGAAACAUCAUGAUGACCUUGAUCGUGUCAUUUUGUGGCUUGCAAACACCUGUCGUUUCCUGCACACGUUAAAACAGUACAGCGGAGAAAAACAAUUCCAACAAGAAAACACGCCCCGGCAAAAUGAACAUUGUUUGCGGAACUUCGAUCUUGCCGAAUAUCGGCAAGUGUUCAGUGACCUUGCCAUGUGGAUUUACCAGACGUUAAUUAAGCUGAUUGAAGCCACAAUUCAGCCAUCUAUUGUAGCAGCAGUAUUUGACCAUGAAGCUAUUACGGGCCUGACAGGUAGCAUGCCGAGCGGGCUCCAAGGUCGCAGUUCCAGUCGUGCAGGUGACAAGCCCGAACAUUCCCUCGAUAGUUUGAUGAAGGCUAUGAACCAAUUUGUAAGAGUUCUUACUCAACAUGCUGUAGACCCGGAGCUAGUAGAACAGAUAUUCCGUCAAGUGUACUACUUCCUCGGUGCUAGUGCACUCAACCAUCUCCUACUGAGGAAGGAGAUGUGUAACCGGUACGAAGGCAUGCAGAUACGGUACAACCUAUCCCACAUGGAAAAAUGGCUACGUGACAACAAACUCCAGGAAUCAGGUGCGGUGUCAAGCCUGGAACCGAUCGUCCAAGCCUCCCAGCUUCUUCUGGCGCGCAAAACCGACGCUGACGUGAACAGUGUGUGUGAUAUGUGCUCCAAACUCACUGCUCCCCAGAUUGUCAAAAUCCUGAACCUCUUCACGCCAGUGGAGGAGUUUGAGGAGCGGGUUCCAAUAUCGUUCAUACGCAAAACUCAGCAGAAAUUGAAAGAACGUGUAAACACGGACAAUUCUUUUCUGAUGGACCUGAAGUUCUCGUAUCCUGUUACAUUCCCCUUCACCCCUUCCAAAAUCAUCCUAGAAACCAUAGAAGUCCCUGAACAACUGCAUAUUAACAAGCUUGUUUCAAAAUGUUAGCUUGUAGCUUACAAGUUCUCGUGGUUCAUUAAGUCUGUAUCCAUGGUUAUGUUAAAAAAAGCAAAAAGCAAAAUAAAAGUUAUGCCAAAAAUAUGCCGAAACAACGGCAGAUGCAAGCUU